GUGAUGAACAUCCGGAAAUUCCUGAAUAGAAUUGAGAAACCUCAUGGGCUUUAUCCAAACUUUCUCAGUCCAGUCACAGGGAACUGGGUACAGCAUCACGUCUCUGUUGGUGGCCUUGGGGACAGUUUUUAUGAGUAUCUGAUCAAAUCUUGGCUCAUGUCAGAUAAGCAAGAUAGCGAAGCAAAAAACAUGUAUGAUAAAGCCCUCGAGGCAAUAGAAAAGCACCUGGUCAAAAAAUCGCCUGGUGGGCUGACCUAUAUUGCCGAAUGGCGAGGAGGCAUCUUGGAUCAUAAAAUGGGGCACUUGGCUUGCUUUUCUGGUGGCAUGAUCGGCCUUGGAGCAGAAGACACCACAGAAGAACAGCACUAUUUGGAUCUAGCUGGGGAAAUAACGCACACUUGUCACGAAUCUUACAUUCGCUCAGAGACCAACCUGGGCCCUGAAGCAUUUCGUUUUGAUUUUGGAACAGAAGCAAUGGCCACACGACUCAGUGAUCGUUAUUACAUCCUGCGCCCCGAGGUUGUAGAGAGCUACUUCUACUUGUGGAGGUUGACACAUGACCCCAAGUACAGGCAGUGGGGUUGGGAAGCUGUCCAAGCGCUGGAGAAAUUUUGCAGAGUAGAAGCAGGAUUCUCUGGGAUCCGCGAUGUGUAUUCGACCACCCCAAGCCAUGACAACAUGCAGCAGAGUUUUUUUCUGGCAGAGACGUUAAAGUAUCUCUAUCUUCUGUUCUCUGAAGAUGAUGUGCUCUCCCUUCAAGACUGGGUGUUCAACACUGAAGCUCACCCGUUGCCUGUGAAUCACACAGACUUUGUCCUGAAGACCAGCAUCCAGUAGGAGCACCUCGGCCCUUCUGGGUUCCGCGAAGGGAUCCCGAGGGGCUGCUUUUCCUUUCUCCUUUCUCCUUUCCAGUAAAGGAAUGCACAUAUUCCCGGAAAGGUAUUUUGGGGGCAUUCGUCCAAAUUCCGGACAGUAUUAUAUCAAGGAGUAUAAAAACUGUGAAACAAGCAACUUCAUGGGGUUGUUGUUUUUUUUUCCUCUGUGAGGAAACGUAUAACCUGAUAAUUGGAUGUUGAUUACGGGCCAUAAGACAGAAAAAAAACCAUGGACGUUUCUAUGGAAUCCACGGACUUUUCUAUUGCGUGGCCAAAGGAUCAGGAGUUUGCCAUAAAAUUGAUGUCGGUUUUGUGCCACACGUUUUGCCCCAAACUUGCUCCCUCCUUUUUCAUAUACCGUUGAUAUAUUUUUUUUCUCACCUUUCUGAUCUAUCCUUUAAAAAAAAACAAAACAGUACACCUCUUAAGUGGUCCUGAUUAAAAAGUGUUUUUAAAUCCCACCCGUUUCUUUCCUUACCCCUUUUCCUCAUCCAUUAUUUCUGUUCUCUUCAUCUAUUUGCCAACUUUCUUUUCUUUUCUUUCUUUCUUUGAUUUCCUGGGUUUUUGCUUGAUCACUUUCCUUUGAUUUUGGUAUUCUUUUUUCAUCUGGAGCAAAACCUUGUGAGGCAUUUGUAAUGAUUUCAUUUCUGUAAUGCUCAGAU